AUGGAUGAACUGAGCUUUUGGGAUGAAAUUAUUGACAUAUGUGCAAAUAGUGUUAGAGAUUUAACUAUAGAAGAAGUUGGUACAGGAACAUUCAGUAUAAUGUGUGAUGAAGCACGGUGCUAUAAAGAUGAGCAGAUGUCUCUGUGCAUUCGAUAUGUAAAUGAUUUGGAUAUUCAAGAAAGGUUUCUUGGAUUUAUUGACUAUUCCGGGAAACAGGAUGCUCAAGCUUUAAGUGGCCAUAUUUUAUAUUACCUGCGGACAUAUAAAUUAAGUGAAAAAGCUCAAAUAGUUUCACAGUCGUAUGGUGCGAAUGUGAUGUCUGGAAAAUUUAAUGGAGUCCAAUCAAAAAUAAAGAUCAAAUUUCCACAUGUCACUUUUACACACUGUAUGGCUCAUAGAAUCAAUUUAGUUGUUGAGGAUAUGUGUAAAAUUGUUAAAGAAACCUCAAGUGUACUUAACAAUGAAAUUGAAAAUGAAGCUGAUAGAGAUGUGAAUGAAGCUACUCUUGAACUUCUGAAAGUUUCUCUAGUAUGUGGACAUCAAUACAAAUUACAAAUAUUUGUCAAAGUACACGGUUUUUCAAUUGAUAUACCAUCUCAAGUGAAAGAGCCGAAAAGGAAAAGACAACAACCUAGUCAUUUGGUUCAGUUUUUAGUAAGCAUGACUACUGGUGCAACAUCUGAAGCAAUGGAUGAUUUAUCGGGUUAA